GUUCCGUCAUAUGAGUACGCCCCGUGUCUUUUCACUCUGUACCAUUUGAUACUUUUAACAUUAAUGCGUAUCAAUGGGCGGUAAGAAUAAACAACGAACUAAAGGAAAUGUCCGGCCGUCCAGUAGCGGCCGAGCUGCGGAGGCACUUACCCGGGAGGGUGGCGUCAUCCCGGGCUUUGUGGGCUUCGACACGACGGUCAACUCGGAGCUGAGUUAUGUCCCGGCUGUCCACGGAGCGGAGGAGAUCGACAACCUGGUAGAUGCAGAUUUCCGCCUGGUGCUCAGGAAACUGUCAAAGAGGGAUGUUGUUACCAGACUGAAAGCUGUGCAGGACUUUGGAUCCAUGUGUCAGGAACGGGAUGCCGAAGAGGUCAAAGGUGUCCUGCCGUACUGGCCGAGGAUUUACUGCAAGAUAUCUGUGGACCAUGAUCGCCGGAUCAGGGAGGCCACCCAGCAGGCCUUUGAGCAGCUGGUGCUGAAAGUGCGUCGCAGCUUGGCCCCCUUUCUGAAGAGCUUGAUGGGCCACUGGAUUCUGUCCCAGUGUGACACUUACACACCUGCAGCCUCUGCUGCCUGCCAGGCCUUCCAGGCUGCGUUCUCCCCCAGCAAACAGCCUGAGGCUCUCAGCUUCUGCAAGGAUGAGAUGCUUAACGUACUUCAAGAUGUGUUGUUAAAGGAAACGGCAGACACGCUGAGCGAUCCACAAAGUGUGACAGAGGAGGAGAGAGAAGGCAAAUAUGUGCGCAUGCUGACCAGCUCUCUGUUGGGGGUGAAGAGACUGCUCUCCCUGCUGCUACCGAGUGACAGGACGGCCCUGGAGGAAAGACUAGCACAUCUUCUCAACUCUGGGAAGUUCUGGAAGUACAGCAAACACAAGACACCACAGGUGCGAGGGGCCUUUUUUGAGAUGGUGUGUGCUCUGUGUGAGUUCACUCCAGGACUGGUGCAGGCUGAAGCGGCACGACUGUGCCCCGCUGUUCUCCUCAGCAUCGACGACACAGACCCCAUAGUGCUGCCUCCUGUGUGGGAGGCUGUUCUUCACGUGGUGUCUACCAUCCCCGAUUGCUGGACACACGUGAAUGCAAAGAAGGGCUUCUUACCUAAACUUUGGGUACUAUUAAAAGAGGGUGGCAAAGGCAUGGCUAAAUCCCUCCACCCUAAUCUUAUGCCACUCCUCAGCAAACUGCCCCAACAGGUCACCGAUCCGACCUUGGACUUCCUCACCACCUACUUCUCCUCAUUAAUACAAGGUCUGUCUAGUGAGCGAGCAGCAACAAGCCCCUCGGAAAGUGCCGUCAUUGUGACUUCUGUUGUUGAGUGUUUGAGGUACUGCAUACUGCAGAAUGCCGAAGAGGAGGAGGAACAGAAAAAAAUAAGAACAAUACUUAUUUCACAGCAGCUGCUGCCUCUUCUAGAAAAGGCUCUCGGAAAUCCCUCCCUUCAAAAUGGGCCUCUUUUCUUCUCGGUCACUGAAAUGCUUGUUUCCUGGGAGAAAAGGGCAGGCCUACACGGUGAAGAGGAAGCUACAGACAACAGAGAUGUCUUCCAAGGGCUUCUGGCAGACUUCUGGGAGGGGCUUGGUCUUAUAUUUGUGCGUUAUGCCGACAAUGAGGAUGCAGAUCGACAAGCUUUGGAAGGGGUAGCCACCUUGCUGCAGGUAAUGCGUUACCCUGAGAGAGUAAAAAGAAAGCACGUCCAGAAGAAGAAAUCUGUCAAGAUCAGUUUCUCUCGGCCAGAGGACAAUGAGAAAACUGAAGUGGAAGGGGAUGUUGUCGAGAAGCCUGUUCAGACGGUGUCGGAGCUGAAUGAGAAGACAUCUGGGUCCCUACAGACCGAGCAUUUUGAAGAUGUAGUGUGCCAGCUGGCCCAACUGUGCCUGGUGCAUGUGAAUGAGAAAAACUCUGAGAGACAUCUUGUUUUCCUCUCUCUUCUCCUGCAAUCUUUCCACACUCCCAGGGUCUUCAGUACAUUGGUGGAAUUGGAUGACAAAAUACUGGAGAGUGAGCAGAAGGACGAUGUGAUUAAAAAGAAUCCGGCGAUGCAGUUCCUGCUGGAGCGGGUGGUGGUGUGGCUGGCGCAGAAGGACCGCAGCGACACAGAGCACCUGGUGGAGAUGGUCUUCAGCUCACUGUGCUGCUGCAGCCAGCAGGAGACCACCCGCAUCCUCAACCACAUCACCAAGAUGGAUGUGCAAUGGGGAAUCAUCCUGCAAAUUAUACAGAGGGCAUGUACAGAUCCUAAGACUUUGAAGAGCUGUCGUGAUUGGUUGAAAGGUUCAGUUCUGGGAGAGCAACUCCUGGGACUGACUGAGGAGCUGUGCAAGGUUGGAGAGAGCUCUCUCAGGUCGGCCUCUUCAUCCAGCAACCCCAGUUGGACUCUCAUCAGCCUGGUCCUCUCUCAGCACCACAACAAUGAACCUCUAAUAGGGGAGGUGUACAUGGAGAAGAUCUUAGAGAGGCUCCAUGCCACUCUGUCUGAGACAAAGGGUCUGUCCGAUGCCGGCAACAUAGAGCCUCUCAUCUGCUUCAUCUGUGAUGUGGCCUCCACAUUCUUCUCCUCCAUACAAGACUGUCUUCUCCUUCUCUCUGCUGAGGAACUCCUGCUCACGGUCUUCCAGUUAACUGCCCAGGACCAAACACACACUCACUUGUCUGACUCACUUUUAGGUAAGCUGAGGGAAGUGUGUGUGGCUGGGGUCCAGUCGUUGGUCCAACACUCUGAAUAUGAAGUCAAGGAAGGGGGCUUCCUGCACAGUGCAGCUCUUUGGGUGACGAAACGACUACUCACCGUCUCUCUGGAAGUUAAAAGUUUGCAGGUUCUGAUUCUGGCUGUACAGAGCAUAGUGGAGACAAUCAUCUCUGUCUGCAACCGAGACUCCCCCCUUCUGGUCCAGUUCUUUACACAACUGACGCCCAGCCAGACAGAAUGGACAAUAAUCCGACAAGCUCUGCCUACUCAGUGGGUCAAAAAACCCUUACUGUCCUGCCGUUACCGAGGAGUUUGCAAGGAAUCCUCUAUGGACCUCUGGAAGUUGAGGGUGCCAAGCAGGCCGCCGGCACACCUCUGUGCCUGUGCUCUGUUGGGGCGAGUAGCUCAGAGUGUUGCAGUCAUACCUAGUGCCGAAAAGGAAGCAGAAUGCCCUUCACUCCUUCCAAACCUUAAGUGCACAGUGUCAGAGCUGUUGUAUGGACUGCAGUGGUGUCAGGAAGUAGAGUACACCCCCGCCUACAGUAGCCUGCUGACUGACUCAGGGCUGUUAGGACUCCAGAAACAGGUUCCUAUGAAAGAGCUGCUGGGGACCCUCUACUCAAGGUCAUUGGAGGAUGGAGGUCUUUGGUCUCUGACUCUAGAAAACUACAUCCACACCAACAACCUGGCAGCCACUCACCAUGCGUCUGUGAGGAAGCUUUACGGCACCGCAGAGAGUUUGUUCCCAGUGUGUCAAAGCAAACUCAGUACGCUCCAGGUUCUCUGCCCCGCCAUGACUGAGGGAGACAGAGAGACUCUCGUUGCUCUGGCAACUGCUGGAAUAAUCAACUGGCGAGACAAUGACGAUGUGUAUGGGUGUCUGGCGGUGCUGCUGUGCUGUCUUAAAGCAAACACACAAGUAGAGGAAGAGGUGGUGCAGGCUAUCCUGGCCUCUGUGAUGGAGUGGAGGAACAGCAAGGAGGACUGGUUCCUCUUCAGCAGUGACCUGUCUAAAGCAACUGCAGAACAGCUGAACCUCGCUGUGGAGAUCAUGCGUUUCUCUACCUGGCUGGUGACUCAUUGUCCGAAGGUUCUCGGGGGCAACCAGUGGGACUUCCUCCUCUGCUCUAUGUUAGCCUGGUUAGAGACUGCCAGCGAGAAUGUGAGCAGCCUAUGGAACCCGUGGGUACAGCUGUUUGUGGGCGAGUCCGCUGCAUUGAUCGUGAAGCUGAAUGAGUUCUUCUCAUCAUCAUCAUCAUCAUCAUCAUCGCCGCCGCUGCCUGAGGUAGCGGAGAAGCUGCCGUCUGAUCUGCACGCUGAAUGGAGAGACUUCUUCGUAGAAGGAAUCUACAACCUGCUGCUUCCUCUGCCCAUCAACAUCACCGAAGCCUUCCCUGAACCAGACGACCCUGUGUUCCCAUUGUCGGUACUGCAGUCGGUCGGCGUGGCUCUGACAUGUGUGCCUCUGCAUCAGCUCAAAAACAACUCCCUGCCUCCACGGUUCAUAGCAGACCAGAAGACAAACCUGCCAGAGCCGCUUCAGACGCUGCUCAACACUCUCUGUCCUCUGCUGCUCUUUAAGGCCAGGCCUCUGCAGAUCACUGCCUUCCACUUGCUAGAAAAGGUGAUGCCUCAUCUGCCCGAGUGUGAUGGUGAAGGAGACAACAACAAGUCUGACGAUGAUAGAGAUGAGCCAUGUCUUUCCCCUCCAGCGUCUCUAAUGGCCAUCCUGUCGACCUGUGAGGAACUGUGCGAUAGUAUCUUGGCUGGGGUUCAAGUGGGAGAGUUUGCAGUCGUGCAGCCUCUCAGUGUGGAGUACUCCUGCAUCCUGGGAUACCUGCUGGCCUGGAAACUGCUCCUCACUUUUUUCAAAUCUUCACCGUCCCAUCUGCGAGCCCAUUAUGCCCAGUAUCUUAAGAGAAGCUGCUCCCUUAACAAGCUGCUCCUUCACCUCUUCAAAAUGAUGCCCGAGAACCCCAUCUACCCCGGCCAGGGGGCGGAGUCAAAGGACACAAAAACCUUCUUCACAGAGGGCCAGUCUCUGGCUGUUGACAACAGUGACGGUGUCGAGUGGGAGCUCCCUCACCUGGCCUGCAGCGUGUACUACAGCACGGUGCAGGACCUGCCCGCCAUGGUGCGGCUGUGGUGGAACGGCCAGGAGAAAAGAGUGAGCACGACGGCGGAGAAGUUCACUAUUAAAUACGUCAGCCCUGUGCUCUCAGCUCAGGAGAUCUCGUCGGUCCACUCCAGCACUCAGAUGUUCGAAAGCAUGACUGUGAAGGCCCGCUCUGCAGCGCGGGAGGUGAUUGCUACCUAUUCUGUGGAUGACAUCUUCAUCGAGUUGGUGAUUCAGCUACCACAGAACUACCCUCUGGGCUCUAUCACUGUGGAGAGUGGGAGGCGUGUGGGAGUCGCCGUGCAGCAGUGGAGGAACUGGAUGCUGCAACUGAGCACCUACCUCACACAUCAGAAUGGCAGCAUAAUGGAGGGCCUGGCUCUGUGGAAGAACAACGUGGAUAAGCGCUUCGAGGGAAUAGAGGAUUGUAUGAUCUGCUUCUCUGUGAUCCACGGCUCCAACUACUCGCUGCCCAAGAAGGGCUGUCGCACCUGCAAGAAGAAAUUCCACUCGGCGUGUUUGUACAAAUGGUUCACCUCCAGCAACAAGUCCACCUGUCCUCUGUGCAGAGAAACCUUCUUCUAACAGCGGCGUUAAAUUAGGUUAUCAAAGUCCAUUUGAUUUGAUCGCACUAUGAGUUAAAACUCCGAUCUAAGCAGCCGUUAAAUCUAGCGAUUAUGAUAUUUCUACGACUUCUAUGUCCAUAUUCAGUAGCUGCAGUUGUUAAGCUGUCAACUGUUUGUUUAUUCCACUGCUUCUCUGGGCUGAAUAUGUGCAGCAUCAGUAGCUCGCUCAGAUGUUUUUCUGUUGAUAAUGAGGUUUUAUCUUUUUGGCGAUUUUCAUUUUUCAUCGUUUGGAACAGUGUUUGCAGGAGAGGCUAAAUCACCACCUUGGAAAGAAACCAAAGCUAGGCCAGGUGCUGCAGUCGUAUAGAAACACAUGUCCUAAUGAGUCAUUUUAAAACUAGAAGAAAAAAAACAUGGUGUAAAUAUUGCAACGCCAAGGACAGGUUUCACAUGUUUUUUCCUAAUAUUUAGGAGUUUAAAGAAAUUAUGUCUGAUUAGUGACAUGCCUUAUAUACCAUUAUGACAUCACUGACGAUAAUCAAGACAGGGAGGUUCUCAAUGCUCACAAAUAACACAUUCAAUGUCUUCCCCUGUGUCUGUUUACAGCUGUAAAUGAUGCUGGAAAGGAAAUAAAAGAUGUAUGGAUACUA